GGGAGCUGGAUGGGAAGUGGAGCAGCUGGGACACGAACCAGCGGCCGUAUGGGAUCCCAGUGCCUGUAAGGGGAGGAUUAGCUAAUUGAGCCAUUGUACCAGGCCCUCUUUUUCUGACUCUUCCUUCCAAAUAAAUACAAAUUUUAAAAAUGGUCUUGGGAGUGUUUGCUGUUUUGUACAUGCACAUGGACGUUUUGUUUGUUUUUGUGCCUAAGUGGGGCUUUGAGGCCUCUUUGAUUGCUUUCUGUGUGUCACUGGCAAUAGACACUUGAGCAUCUGAGGUCCCCUGCUAAGCGACGCUGUUGUUACACAACAGUGCAGACUGUGUGCUGCGGUUUCAUGUUACAGGUUAUCUGAGCAUUGGAGGCCGUUUUUAAAGCUGCCCUGCCAUGUGUGGGGACGCAGCAGGAUUACAGCCAAGACUUCCCUGCACUCUGCCAAAAUCUGUGGCAGAUUGAAGACACAUGCUUCUGCAAGCUUCCAUGAAGGUUGUUAAAAAAAAAAAAGUUGUAAUCCAGAGCAAUCGCCCCAGUCAAUGUUAGAAUGGUCUGAACAGCAAAUCAGGGCUGCUUCGAGCUUGGAGGAGCUGCUGCGCAUCACACACUCUGAGGACUGGAAGCUGUGGCAAUGCCGGCUGAAGCUCAAGAGUGUCAGUGCUGGGGAUUCCCGCUCAGCCUCCCAUCGCUCCACCAGGUUUGCCGCAACUUUCUAUGACAUUGAAACGCUGAAAGUCAUAGAUGAGGAGUGGCAAAGAACCCAGUGCAUUCCCCGAGAGACGUGCGUGCAAGUGGCCAACGAGCUGGGAAAGAGCACCAACACCUUCUUCAAGCCACCCUGUGUGAACGUGUUCCGUUGCGGUGGCUGCUGCAAUGAAGAGAGCCUCACCUGCGUGAACACAAGCAUGUUGUAUGUGUCUAAACAGCUCUUUGAGAUAUCGGUGCCUUUGACAUCUGUUCCUGAAUUAGUGAAUGUUAAAGUUGCCAACCACACAGGUUGUAAGUGCCUGCCAACAGCCCCUCGACAUCCAUAUUCAAUUAUCAGACGAUCCAUUGAGACUACAGAAGAAGAUGGCUGUCCACAAUUCAAGAAACUCUGCCCGAUUGACAUGCUGUGGGAUAACAACAAAUGUAAAUGUGUCUUACAGGAAGAGAACCCACUUGCUGCAACAGAAGGUCACUCUCAUCUCCAGGAAGCUGCCCUCUGCGGGCCACACAUGAAGUUUGAUGAUGAGCGUUGUGAGUGUGUCUGUAAAACACCAUGUCCCAGAGAUCUCAUCCAACACCCAAAGAACUGCAGUUGCUUCGAGUGCAAAGAAAGUCUGGAGAGCUGCUGCCAGAAGCACAAGAUAUUUCAUCCAGACACCUGCAGUUGUGAGGACAGAUGCCCCUUUAACACCAGAACAUGUGCAAGUGGAAAACCAGCGUGUGCAAAGCAUUGCCGCUUUCCCAAGGAGAAGAGGGCUGUUCGGGGACUCCCAAGCCAAGAAAAUCCUUGAGCUGACCACCUGGCUUCAAGUUCCCCAGCCCUGUCACCUUAAACAGCAUGCUGCUUUGCCAAGUUUCUGCCAUUGUUGCCCUGCCCACUUAACAGGCCCCCAGGUGUUAGGAAAAACAAUCUGUCUUACAUAGUGCCAUGGUGAAGCCAGACUAACCUUCCAACAUGCCCGUGGGGGAGUCCCUGCUUCAGUGACACAUGUCAUCUAGUUGUGAAUGUCUGCACACAAAGGGGGCUCGGGGGAGAGGUCUGAAGAACCCGUCUUUGACUAACUGACAGACUGGCUUGGCAUGGAAUGGUAGGAGCCACA